AUGUUUAGAAAAAAACCAGCUCAAGUUACGUUGGAAGAGCUUGAACAGACAUACAAUGAUUGUUGCAGUGAGACAAUAAAGAACCUAACAUUGGAGGAAGAGAACAAUGUCGAUGAUGCAUUGAAAGGAUGGAAAAGCCUACAUACAACAUUGUUGUACAAGUUGGAUCUUUUCGACAAGUAUAGCUCCAAGUUGGAGCCUCAAGAGAAAGCAAUAUUGGACAGUCUAAAGAGUAUACGUGACGAAAAUGUUAAGCAUUUGAUAAGAGUUCAACUAAGGUUAGACGAAAAGAAUCGAAAAUUGAAACGGGAAGCUAAUGGCGCACCACCUCCCCCUCCUCCAAGAGGCAUUAGAGAUAAGACGGUUCCAUCGUUGAGAGUGACACUGCCCUCCAAUUCUUUUGGCAGUUCAGCUCCACCACCACUGAGACAUUUAAUGAAAUCAUUACGCACCCACUCAAAUGGGGGGUCGAGCAAGACCCCAAGCACGAGGUUGGCACAGGAAUCAGUCCAGCAAGCUUCACAGGCAGCAUCGAAGUCAUGGCAGAAACCUGGGAAAUAUAAGUUCGAAAUGUCACCGGCACCAAAAGUGGAAGUUUCGAGCUACUUUGCCGAUUUCGAUCAAGAUACAUACACUACCAAAGGGGAUAACUGGGAAAAGGUCGACUCGUCAAGAUCGUCUUCGGGCUUGUCAGAAAACUAUGAUGAACCUAAUCUAAUAGAUAUGGAUGACUCCGCUCGAUCAAAAGAUGUCUACCGAUCCAUGGAUGAUCUAACAAUCAAAAUGGUUUCCGAUAGUCCUCCAAAAUCCGCAUCUCAACCAAGGCAUGAUAAGGGUAUGACACCAGUUGAGCAUAUUUCUAAAAGCACCACCGAUGUUCGUCCAAAGCCUAAAGGACCAUACGUUUACAACAAACCAAAGCCGCUCAAUUUACACAAGCUAAUGCAACAGCUGAAAAAACCUACACUGGCCCCAACGGUAGCAACCAAGCCGAAACCAACAAUUACUUACAACUAUGUUAAACCCAAGCCUACUCAAGGAAAGAUUCGUGUCGCAGCCAAUGGCGCCGCUAAUGGAGCAACAAAGAAAGUGGCACCUAAAAAGUCUGAGCCUGAAGAGGAGAAAGAAUCGAUCAAUAGUCCAACGAUGGACGAUUUACUAAGUGGUUACGAUGGCGAGAAGUUUGAAUCGCAAUCUGAUCCAGUGUAUGCGUUGACAUCUGAGAAGGAGCAAAACACUUUGAUUUCUUCUAUUCGAGGAAUAGAUCCAAUUGCAGCCAAGAACAUUCUUAAUGACGUUGUUGUACGUGGAGAUGAAGUUUAUUGGGACGAUAUAGUUGGGUUGGAAGGUGCAAAAAGCUCUUUGAAGGAGGCCGUGGUGUACCCUUUUUUGCGGCCUGAUUUGUUCAAAGGGUUGAGAGAACCAACAAGAGGGAUGUUGCUUUUUGGACCACCUGGAACGGGGAAGACAAUGUUGGCUAGAGCCGUUGCCACUGAAUCACAAUCGACUUUCUUUAGCAUCAGCUCAUCGUCACUAACGUCAAAGUAUUUAGGUGAGUCGGAAAAGUUAGUCAAGGCAUUAUUUCUCUUGGCUAGAAAGCUAGCACCCUCGAUUGUGUUUAUGGAUGAGAUUGACUCGAUUUUGUCUUCGAGAUCAGAAGGCGAAAAUGAGAGUACUAGACGUAUCAAGAAUGAGUUUCUUGUUCAAUGGUCAGAGCUUUCAAGUGCUGCUGCUGGUCGUGAUUCGGGUGAAGACGUGUCGCGAGUUCUCAUCCUUGGAGCCACCAAUUUGCCAUGGUCUAUUGACGAGGCAGCAAGAAGAAGAUUUGUACGUCGACAAUAUAUUCCUCUACCAGAACCUGAAGCAAGGAAACAUCAAAUCAUGAAGCUAUUACAAUAUCAGAAGCAUACAUUAUCGGAUGAUGAUUAUGAAAAGUUGAUCAAGCUAACUGAUGGAUUUAGUGGUAGUGAUAUAACAGCAUUGGCUAAAGAUUCUGCCAUGGGUCCAUUAAGGUCUUUGGGCGACAAGUUGUUGCUGACACCGACAGAUCAAAUAAGACCUAUCAGUUUGGAAGAUUUUGAAAACAGUUUAAAGUACAUUCGACCAAGUGUGUCAAAAGAGGGACUUCAAGAAUAUGAGGAUUGGGCGAAAAAGUUUGGAUCGAGUGGUGCAUAA